AAUUCUUAGACCUCGGCUCCUUCAGUGGAAAGCAGAUUUCCUUGUUGCUGCUGUCAGAACUCUGAUCAGCACACCUAUCUACACCCAAACACCAAUCAUAUCUUUGCACCUGGAGCGGGAGAGGGCUCCUACAGCCUCUUUUCUGCUUUUAUAUUUUUAGAUUGCAGACACUUACCACUGAGCCUGAACGCCUCAUACACCUUACAUGAAGCAUAACACCUGUUGUCACCUGUGGUGAUGUUUGGCUGGCGUCCUGUAAUCAGCAGCUGAGCUGCUCGGGGCAGUUUGACAAACUGUAGCUCAGGUGAGAAUGGCCCCGCCUCCUGCACCUGUCAUCUUCAUAUCACAGGAACCAUCUGAGUCUGACUGAGUGGGUGGAUGUGGUUACCUGUCAGCCUCCAUCCCUCUGCUGGUAUUUCAGAUAUUUAAAGAUUCUCUUCAUGGGAAAAACAGAAAUGUAAAUUGUAAUCAGAUUACUCUGAAUUGCAUGAUUACAUGGUGUUACGCUGGCUUUCAUCACUUGAGUGAAGUUGGUGCCUUCAUUUUAUUUAAAUCCUGAUGGCGACUUCCUGCUCUGAGGACGUCAUUUCCAUAUGAAAAACAGACGCGAGCGCCAGACGCCAUCGAAGCUGCUGCAGGUCUGUGCUCAUGGCGUCCGCUGCCUGAAGCCUCGGGAAACGAAGCACGAUGAAGCACGCGGUCCUCCGGGGAAGUGUUGUGCCGUUGCUGGUGGUGGUCACGUCUGUGAUCAUUGUCGUUGUCAUCCUGCAGCAGUCCAACGUCUCGUUUGAAGCUGGUUGGCAUCAUAAUUUACCCAAGGUCAUCAAUUUCCCCCCUCACGGUGCCAAAAUAUCCAGCAAGCGUUCAGCUGGUGUAUGUGGUACUCCAAGAGAGUGUCCUGCACAUGAGAUCAGUUUCUACAUCCACAGCGGAGCCGCCAACGUCGUCCCUCCGGCCAUCUGUGUCCAAAACAAACUGGUUCUGGGAACUGCGCUGAACAACGCUGGAGGAGGAAUAAACAUCGUUAUCCUAAAUGGUAAAACGGGAGAAGUCCUGAAGACGGAUCACUAUAACAUGUACAGUGGAGAUGUGAAACCGUUCAUUGAGCUACUGAAGAGCAUCGAGAGAGGCUCCAUCGUUAUAAUGGCGUCCUACGACGAACCCUCAACAAAGUUAAACGAUGAGCUCAAGAAUCUGAUUGCUGAACUGGGAAGCUCUCACAUCCACUCGCUGGGAUACAGGGACAACUGGGUGUUUGUUGGUGGCAAAGGAGUAACGGGGAAGAGCACCUUUGAGAAGCACAUAAAGAGCGACUCGGCAACCAACAAAUACGAUGGCUGGCCCGAGCUGAUCGGGCUGGAGGGCUGCGUCCCCAAAUUCCCGGAGUGACAGGCGAGGCUGCAGACGCAUGGCUGGUGAUUUAGAGACUGAUCUGGGACCGGAAAAUUGUGCAAACCAAAUCCAGGUGAACCCACCUGCCCUGUUUCUUCUAUGUGUGAGGCUCUCAUGGAAGCUGGGCUCUGUCUCCGCCUCCAGGAAUAAAAAAUUAAAAAAAAAUCAGGAAAAUACAUUUUAGGGUUUCAGAUUUGCCACCUUUUUAUUGAAGUGUGACAGGAAGUGAGGUGAGCUUUGGAGCUCUGUAAUCGUUAGUGAGAAACUCCCCUUUAGAUAAGAUGACUCAGUUCAACAGGACAAGCAGGUCUUUCCUGUGCAGUAAGAGAACGGACAACCUCCUGAAUGUUUCUGACAUCCAGCCUCUCCUGAAGUGCUGCAGGCACCAUCACCUGAACCAGAAUCUCCAGAUUUUAUCUGCAAGUCCUCCCAAAGCACCUCAGCCGCACCUUCCAGUUUGUUUCUUUGUUAUUUUUUAAAGUGUUGCUUUCAUUUAUAAAGAAUUACAAACGAAACGGAUGAUAUCAAACCAGCCAGAAUCACACACAGGUCUGGGGAUGUUUCUGGACUUUUUUUAAAUGUGCAUUUCUAUUUUUAUAUUGUCCUUUUUUGAGUUUAAGGUUAUUACAAAGUGAAUUACUUUCCGGGCUGUGGGUCUGCACGUCUUACCCAUUUUUGGAUUCGUGGUUGUUGGUUUGUUUACAUUAAAAAUGAAAGAAAGCCGAAUGAAGAAGACGCCGAUGCUUUGACUCCGAUUUUGAAGGCAGAUGAAGGUUGCCCGGUUCUACCUGAAGCUUCUUCCUGUUUAAAGGGAGUUUUUCCUUCCUACUGUCACAGAGUGCUUGAUCAUAGCGGGCUGUCUGAUUGUUGGGUUUCUCUGUUUUAUUGUAGGAUCUUUACUGCACAAUAAAAGGUGUUUGAGGCCACUGUUGUGGUUGGGUACUAUAUAAAUAAAGUUUACUUGAACUGAA